GCAUUACAUUUUCAGUGUCGAUUGCUUUUUUUUACUUAUGAGUGUAACUGUGGUGAAAGUACUUCCUUUUCUUGCUGGUCUCCUCGUGACGAUUUGGUACAAGAAUCUAACCAACAAAAAUGGUUGCCCAGAAGAAGGCUAAAAAGACAGCCGACAACAUCAAUGCUAGAUUAGCUUUGGUGAUGAAAUCUGGCAAAUAUGUUUUGGGUUACAAGCAGACACUUAAAACUUUGCGAGCUGGCAAGGCUAAAUUAGUCAUCAUUGCCAACAAUACUCCUCCACUGAGGAAAUCUGAGAUUGAGUAUUACGCCAUGUUGGCUAAGACUGGUGUUCACCACUAUGGUGGAAACAACAUUGAACUGGGUACAGCUUGUGGAAAAUACUUCAGAUGUUGCACACUCUCUAUCACAGACCCUGGUGAUUCUGACAUUAUCCGCAGCAUGCCAACUGAACAACAACCUGCUGCUUAAAUUGGUUAAUAAAUUUUAUUAAAAAUAA